CACACACACUGCACACACACACACACACACGCGGAAAUAUUCUGCUAAUGUCGCUUUGGGUUUUUUCUCCUUUUUUUUUUUUGCACGAUUGACCUAGUUUAUUCACGUCUAAUGGAGCUCCCGUGCGUUUCUGAUGAAUUUAACCAGGUUUCUCUCCGCCGCGUGUUGGGUGGAUGUCAGUCUGCACAUCCGACUCCAGAGCCUGAAAUAGCACAAACCACAAUACUCAAAAAAAUACCAGCAUUUACGAAGACAUGAAGCCCACUACUGCCCUCAUAACAUCCCUGUAGUGAAUGAGGCAGAGGCAGCUUCAGUUAUAAAGCUCCUUUCAUAACCAGAGAUGCAAGGUGAUGUACAGGGACAUUCAAAACUAAAUGGAAAUAAAAAAAAAAAAGAAUUUUCAUGCAAAAUAAAAAGAGUAGAAGAAAUUGGUGUAAAGAUGAAAAGAAGUUAGAUAGAUAAAAAAAAAAAGGAUAAAUAAAUAAUAUAAAAUAAGAAUAUUUUUUUGAUUUUGCAUUUUCUUUUACUAAAGGGAUAUCUCGUUAAAUUAUGCAUGGGAAAAAAUAUAGUUUUUCUUUUUUUUUUUAGGAAACACACGUACAUAAUAAUUGCAGCAUUACAUUCUAAUGAGUGUUUUUAAAGGUCCAGUGGGUAAUAUUUAGGUGAAGGGGGAUCUAUUGGCAGAAAUUGGAUACUUGAUUGUAUGAAUUGUUGUUUUCUUUACCCUAGAAUGAGCCCUUUAUAUUUAAAUACUUAAUAUUUACAUCAGGAGCGGGUCCUCUCUAUGGAGGACGCCAUGUUUUUUACAGUAGCCCAGACUGAACAAACUAAACUCUUUUUGAGUUUUUAUGACAACUGAAGGGUGCCACAGGUUCUUUGUCACGUUUGGAAGGGGAGGGUGAGGUGAGGGGUAUUCAUCUGCAACAUGCAACUUCACCACUAGAUGUCACUAGAUUCUACAAACUGAACCUUUAAAGGUUCACACUGAACUGGUUCAGUGUGCUAAAAGCUGCUUCUUCCUGUUUGGACUUUGCCCUAUAGGUAUCACUGGCAGACUACUCCUCAGUGGUCUCACAGGGUUAUAUUGCACUAUCAUGUCCGUUAUUUAUUAGAAGCAGCUCCACUCACAGAUUCCAAAAUAAGCUUUAAAAUUCUUUAAAAUCCAAUCCUGUGGCUUACUGGCUGACAGUGUAGGGAUUUAAGAACAGGGGUGAUCUGGGCUGUCCUUUUAGUUUUGGUUCAAACUCCUCCUUUAUUUUGGAUGGGUUGUAAGUACCUGAUUGUCUCUUUAGAAAGUCCUUAAAAAGAAAUAAUAUAAUACAAAAACAAAACCCUGACUGUUAAUUGAACAAAAUGUAAAAACAAACUGUCACCAAGAAAAUCAUGUUUGCUGAGCUUGCUCCAAGUGAUGCUGUAAUUUGCAAAUUAUACUUUACGAUCUCAUCCUCAUUAUAAUGCUCUAUAUGAGAACUUUUAAAAUGUGGAGGUCAAAGCACAGAAGGAGAACAAGCACCUAUAAGUGACGAGCCAAAAGUCAUAUCUAAACCAUUGGGAGUUCUGGUAUCUUUUGCAGGUUUACCUCUAUUUAACUAAAGGUACGGCAUACAAACUUAAUUACAAUAAAGGAAUAAUAAAUAAUAAUAAAUUCAGUAUUAUCAAUAAAUUAAAAACUGUAUAUUCUGUAAACUUGCAAAUACAACCGUCACAUGCUUCAGAGGAGGAAGAUGCAAAGACAGCGAGAAUGAUGCUCUACAGUAUUUUAGUGGACACGUUUACAUGGACACCAGUAUUCCCACAUUAACCUGAUAUGGCGUAGUCUGAUCUUAUUAUGUGGACAUGUAUAUUCAGUUUUUCAUUCAACUACAUAUAUAUUUCAAACUAUAAAGGCAUGUCAUGAUCAAAGUGAUACAUAAACCAAUAUAGAAAAGACUGAUUGGUAACAAUAACAAAAAGCAGAGUAUACAAUACAAUUUUCCUCAUGGGGACAAAAAAGAAGUACCCGUAAUGUAAAUCAAUAAAUUCUAAGGUAAAGACAUGUAAGUCAUAAGUUUAGGUACGAUUUAGUGUGUGUGUGUGUGUGUGUGUGUGUGUGUGUGUGUGUGUGUGUGUGUGUGUGUGUGUGUGUGUGUGUGUGUGUGUGUGUGUGUGUGUGUGUGUGUGUGUGUGUGUGUGUGUGUGUGUGUGUGUUUCCGUGUGUGUUUCCUGUUACGAGCACCAGUUCUUUGAAGUCUCCAAAGAAUUGAUGCCGAAAGGUUGUGACACACAAAAUAUGGUGCAAUUGACUCAGCUUCGCUGGAAUUCACAGAAGUCUCAAACUUUACACUCUUUGGACAUGGACCUUGUCUUGGAUUUUCUUCUGAUACUUGUCGUCCUUUCCGGUGGACAGAGUAACGAUAACAUGAAUUCAUGUUAUUCAAUUUGCCCGGCUGGGUAUUUUAAAAGCGGUGGCUGUGACAAUCGACCUGGAUAUUACAAAUGUAAACUAUGUGGAAAUAUGGAAUACACAGAGAUUGAAAACACUAUUAGAAAGUGCCACCGGUGUAGCAGCUGUGGACAUUCUGAGGUAACAAUAAGCCCCUGCAACAUAACCAGUGAUGUGAAGUGUGGAUGUAAAGAGGGAUAUUACGACCAAGGCACUAAGUCAACCAGACUAGAUUGCAGAAUGUGCCACUGUCAAUAUUGUAAAGGACCUGAUACAAAUACUGACAAAAGGAAGAUGUGCCAGGCCUGUCAAAGGUGUGCAGAAACUCCAGUUCCACCUCCAUCUACAACAACACCAACAAUUUCACCUGGGAACAUAACGCAGACUGAUCCAGUUCCCUUAGCUAAGCCUAUGCCGUGGCUGCCAUACUUGGUUGCCGUGGGGAUAGCUGUGGUCCUCUGUGGGCUGCUGCUGCUGCUGCUGCACCUCAUCAGGAAAAAAACAGAAAAACUAAACAUGGUGCUCUGCUGCAGAACCAACAUAGGUGUGGAGCCGCAUGCCACUGACGCCAAAUCCAAGGAACAAGGCAGCGAUCAAGGCAGCAGCUCCACCACACUGAGAUUUAACAUUUCUGAGGAAACUCACAUGAUGGAUCUCAGCCACUGUCCAGCCUCGCCACGACACCCUGCAGCCCACAUCUGUCCUCUGCUGCCAAAUGUUGAGCAAGAAGCUGUCAGACAAGAUGAGCAGUCAGAGCACUGGCCGGCCAUCGUCCUCUAUGCCGUCAUCAAGGAGGUGCCCUUGCGCAGGUGGAAGGAGUUCUUGCGUCUACUCUUGGUGGCCGAUCAGCAGCUGGAGCGUGUUGAGCUGGAAGCUGGUUUGGGCUCCAUGGAGAAGCAGUACCAGAUGCUGAGGCUGUGGAGUCAGCGCUCCUCUGCGAGCCUGAGUGACGUCUUCUCGGCCUUGCACCACAUGGAUUUAUCCGGCUGCGCCCAGCUGCUGCAGGAAAACCUGGAGAAGCUGCAGUGGACUCCUCAACCAAAGUAUGGUUUCUCGGCCUGAAAACUACCAAUAGUGUCAAACACAGCUUCCUUCAGCUUCUCGUGUGGUGCCUCUUUAAAGUCAGCAGUUGAGGGCUGUGGUUUUGGAGUGCACUGCUAAAAUGUAAAUAUGUGAAACUCUGAUUGUGUGUGUACAUGCAAGAUAAGCAGGGUGUGGUGAAAAUGAAGAAAAAGAAAAUACAAGUUUCAAUUUUACUUUUGGAAAUUGGUGCUCAUCUGUUUUUUUUUUUGCGUACAACCAGUCAAAGUAAGGACUCCUGUUCACUUUGAGCUUUUAAACUGUGAACGUGUCAGUGUGCAUAUAUGUGACGUUUGUCUGCAGAUCACUUCCCCACUUCUCACGUCAACUUCUUGACAUUAGACAUGAAGGAAACUUUGGCCACUGAUUCCUGUUGUACGCCCUCACAAGGGAAGAAGACUGAAAUACCCGUAGAUCAUCAGAUUAUCAGUUUCCUGCACAUUAAAGGUGACAAGGCUGGGUUUUUCCUCAGCACACGUGCUUUUGUCGUGUUAUGUCUCGCUUUGAGAUGUUUUUAUUAGACACUUCAGGAACCGACGCUUAAGAAGUUGGAAUUUCCAAUAAUUCAGUUUAUUACUGAAUGUUUUAAUAUGAAUCUGUGUUUUUUUUUUGUCUUUGGGCUUAUGUCUAUGUAUACUUUAUAAAUAUUCUUUUUAAUUUUAUAUUUAUUUUUUAACAAAUCCAAGCUGUUUUACGAAUUGUAUUCUCUUUGGAAUCACCUAUGGAACAAGUGUAUGGUAAUAUGGUAACUGUGAGAGCCAAGUGUCAUUAAUACAUCUGUCGACCACAAGAUGGGAGUGUUGGCUGAGUUUUUGAACAGCAGCUGCUGCAGAAUGGAGCAAAGAACCCAAACAAAGAAAGACAAGGAAAGAAAGCAAGAGGGAGGGGAAGAUGUUGGCAGGGUGAGAAGUUUUUUAAUCUGGAGUGGGAUUACAGGAAUUUGUGAAUUGCAAAUUCUGCUUCAGCACAGAACAGCUGUCCAACAUCGUUCAUAUCCCCAAAGAAUCUUCAUGUCGCAAUAUGUUUACAGACAUCAACAACUGCUAUUCUGAGAGCAUGUUUAUUUGUGUAAUUUUUUCCAUUUUCAAUCAACAUAAAACAUGUUGAUAUGCAGCUAAGUAGCUAGGAUGACGAGAGUCGUUUUCAACUGUACGUGAAUGCAGCAUUCAGGUAGACUUUUCUGUCCG